AUGCAAACAACACACGCCGUGUCCGAUUUAAAACACAAGGCUCCAUUGAAAUUUCUACUGCUGACCUUAUUCCUCUAUUUUCUAUUAUGGAGUGGUUUCCGUACAGACAAAGUUUUUGCUCUGACAUGUCCCAAUGGUUGUACCGAUGCUACACGAGGUACAUGUGAUACCAAUACUGGUGUUUGCCAGUGUAAUGACUUGUGGACUGGAUCCGAUUGUUCUCUCUCCAUGUGUGGUUGGUCCAAACAAGAAAUCAAUGGAAUUUCCUUUGGAACUGUGAUGGGAGCUCCCACUCCUCUCAUCAGCUCGACCAUUGUAGAUUCGAGCAGUAUCCAAUUUACCAUGACUGUGCAAAAGCAUCCCUUCAUUACCUUUUCUCAUGAUUUGUUUGUUGGUAGCACCAUGUUUAACGCAUCCUCAUGUGCCUUGUAUGGAAAUAACGAGAGGGUAUCAUUGACGCUGGUAAAUUCAACAACAAUUUCGGGAGGUAGCAAUGACUCGUGUUCUAUCAUGUACGAUAGUCAAGUGUUCACUAUUGAUAUGCUGAUUAAUAGCAAUUUGACGACGAAAGAAUUGUUGGGAGAUGUCAUCAAACUGACCAUUCCCUUGUCCAUGGUCAUUGGUAACCUCAAUGGAACUGGCAAUAACGGAUUUUGUGAAGCCAUCACGUACUCCACAUCACAAGUGAUCUAUUUCCAAAUUAAUCCCAUUGUGAUUUACUCUUCGUCGUCGUUCAAUUCGACCUAUAAUCCCUAUGGGUAUGAAGUCAAGUUGUAUCCUCAAAAUAUUGGUACCUCAAACGGUUUAAUGACCUUCGAUGCCGUUUUGGAGAGUACCAACACAAGUUUAAUUUCCUUCACGUAUUUCAACAAUUCGAAUUCAGCUUACUCUCUCACCGUGACCAAAACCACACAGGCCUCCAUUGUUGGUUCCAAGAUUUACUAUCUCAUCACCACCCUGUCUUCUGUGGCCAUUUCUGAUUAUCGUGGUGUGAUCUAUUUCAAAGUCGAGUUGAAAUAUCUCGAUUCGAAUCUCAUUGUCACACAAUUCAUUCCAUUCAAGAUUGACUAUACGAUUGUGGUUCCACCCUCAGACAAGAACAUUACAUUGCAAGUAUCCAUGACCACAACAGAUAACAUGUGGCGAACGAAACAGGUCUUUUCCACAGAAGAGAGCGUCUACUCGUUGGUGCAGUCACCUGGCUCUGGAUUCAACGCCUAUCAACUCACCGUUCAAGAUGCUUACAUGUGUUGUUUCAAAACAUUUGUUUCAGCUCCAACCUAUUCACCAUCCAGCGGUCAAUUAGGAUGCACUGCGUAUGACAAUUCUACAAUGGACUCGUGGAAACGUAUCAUUUCUAAUUAUGCAGGUACAGAGCCAACGACCAUCACAAUUCCUCUCUCUUCAAAUCUGUACGGUUUUGCAUUCAAGUUGAGCUCUGCCAUGUUUGACUCUAAGGAACCAAGAGUUUGUUAUUUACAGGCCAAUACACGUCUCGUGGCUCGAUCGAGAAGUGUUUCGUUGUUUGGACGGGCGGCUGUCGUUCCAAAUUUACCUCCGUUCGCUAUGACCUUGUUAACGGUAGAAGUUAAGACGUCGAAUUUGCAAAAUUAUAAUGAGACCUCUAGUGCUUCAUCGAUACUGGUGGGUUCCAAACAAUCGUGGUCUGUAUGGACCUCAAUCAUGAUGUUACUGCUUAGUGCUGCAGCCUUGUAUUUUAUCACGACGAAUUAG